AUGCAUCAAAAAUGGAAGUAUAUUAUUGCGAACUGGAUCAACUGUUACUUCUAUGAAAACAAUAAUAAAAACGAAAAACUCGUGAAGCAUGAAUCUUUAGUAAACAUCAUAUCCCAUUUAAGAGAUAAUUUCAAUCUUGACGAGUCGAAAUCCUCUGUUUUUAGCGGACGUUCUUUAGAGGAGUUCAUUGCAGAAAAGUAUCCUGGUUUUACAUUUGAAAAUGGUACUGUUGAAGUCACGAAUGAAGAAGAAAUAUACAUAGCGGCAUCACUUUUACUUUUUUUUGUUUGUGUUAAUUCAAAAGACGUGGAUAUAAAAAGUGCGAUGUGCAGUAAGUUGAGUACUGGUGAUCAAGAAGUUAUAUUAAGGUACAGCAAGACUUUAAUGGAGUGCCAUUCAAUAUCUUCUCACGAUGUUAUUGCAGCCAUUGCAGAGGCCUGCGGUCCAGAUAUGGCGACUGGCGAAGGGGCCUGUGGUCAAUCCAUGGUGGCGGAGACCCCACCCGCGCUGCGCUCCCUUCACGGCGAGGUCCGGCGGCUGCAGGCGACGCUGGAUGCGGAGAGAUUUGACAAGAACUACUUACAGGACGAACUAGCCAGGACCAAUUUGAAAAUGGAAAAAUUGCUGAAAGAUAAAGAGCAAUAUAAGAUGGACAUUAUGAAUCUCAAAGCGAAAAUAUCAAUGUGUUGCGGUCAGGAUACCGAAACUCAAAGAGUCGAAGCCAAAAGCAGCGAGAUUGUCAAGUUGUCCAAACAAUUGCAAUUGAUGGAGCAACGUGUUGUCGAUGUACAGGAGCAGCUGGAAGAAGUGCAGCACGAAAGGGACACUUAUAAAACUAAGUUGGACGACUUAAAAGGUGAAUGUGAUCGGUUACUAUUGUUAAGUCAAGAGGAAGCCUCUCGAUCCAGGCAUUUGGCUGAGGAGUUGGAGACGGAGAAAAGACAGAGUCAAACCUUACCUGUCUGUAGCGAAGUUUGCGCGAAUGUGGUUGAAGUUCAGUUAGGCGAAGAAAGAGCGAAAUGUUUGGCACUAAAGCAACAAAUUCAAUCAUUGCAGGAUGAAAUGAAGGAACAAAUACAAAUAGCUGAAACUUUGCAGAAAAGUGUAACAGAUAGAGAGAAUGACAUUUUAAAUCUUAAACACCGUAUAAAUGAAGAAAUUGAAGAAAAAAAUAAUUUGAAAUCUUAUUUUGACAAAGAAAUCACGAAAUUAAAUAAUUUAGUUAAUGAAUUAGAACAAAAAAUAAAAGAUAAUGUAAAACAUUCAAGCUCAGUUAUUGAGAAAAAGAUGCAAGAUAUUCAAACACUGCAGGAAGAAAAAUUGUCACUUCUCCAAAGCUUGUCUGACGAAACUACAAAAUCCGAGAACAUGAUCAAAAACUUGAAAACCGAAAUAGAUUCAGAAAAACUUUCAAAGUCGAAAAUGAGAGAUGAUUACGAAAAUCUUGUUAUGAAGAUGAAAGAAAAAGUAUUGAAUAGAAAUAAUGAGUUGGUAGAGCAGCAAAAUAAUAUUUUGAAAAAGAGUGAAUUGAUUGAGCAACUAAAUUUAGAACUUCGAAAGGAACGGGAGCUCAAAGAUGAAACAAUUAAUAAAUACAACAAAGACUUGGAACUUUUGCAUGCACAAAAAAGCAAUGUUGAAAAGGAACUGCAAGGUAAAUGUAAGGAGGUUACAGAAUUGGUAAAACAAAUACACCAACGCGAUGAAUGCAUUGAAGAAAUGGUCAAAGAUCUUGAAUAUUUCAAAAUGUCGACGUCGACUUUAAAAGAAGAUUGUCGAAUUCUAGAAGAAAAUAAACGGUCUUUGCUUGAUGACAUUCAAAAUCGCCAAAUCAGCGCUGAGAAAUUGCGCAUAGAAUUAGAUACACUGAAACAGAUGCAUAAUGAAGAGAAGGAUAUGCUUCAAUGCAAAUUUGAAGAAAUGUGCGCCAUGGUUAAAUCGCUUCAAACACAGUUGCAAAACGAAAUUGACUUUAAAUUGGGAAUACAACGUGAGCUAGAAAAGACCCAAGGCGUUAUCACCAAACUAUCCAAUACGAAUACAAAAUUACACGCUGAACAAGCUGAAGUUAUGAGUAAAAUGCUUGAAAAGGAUGAAAUAAUUAAGACAAAUAAUACAACAAUACAUGAAAAAGAAGAAUUAUUGUCAAAACUUCAACAGGACUAUUAUGUACUUAAAACUGAUACGGAACGGCUUUCGAUCGAACUUUUACAUAAAGUUAAACUGAUAGAAGAUUAUGAAGAUAAACUGGAGCAUCUUAACAAAUCAUUUGAACAACAAAAAUCUGAAUAUUGUAAAAUAAUCGACACACUUAACACAGAAUUAGCUACUGUAAAUGAUCAGAAACAAACUCUUGCUGAUUCCAGUAAGUCACUGAGUGACGAAAAUAGUCUAGUAAUUAAAAAAUUCAAUGAGAAAUGUGAUAUCAUUACGCAAAUGGAGAUUGAGCGGGAAAAUUUAUCACAGAAAAUGGAGGAAAAGGGAGCGAUAAUUCAAACACUGGAACGAAAAUUAAAUGACAAAAUGGUUGCGUUUAUGGAGAUUGAAAAUAAUUUUGAGCAUGAAAUAUCUAAACUUGUUUCCAAAUUAAGUGACACUGAAAAAACAUUGAAAGAAGUUACCAUACAUUCUAAUAAAGUUAUUGAAAACCAAGAAAUACAAAUACAAUCAUUAAAGGCAGAGAUAUUCAAAUUGAAAGGUAUAAUUGAGACAAGUUUUAAAGAAAAAGCUAAACUUGAAAGUGAGAAAGCAUGUCUAGAGAAUAAAAUUGAAGAAACAAUGGUAAAGAUUAAUGAAAUCGAAAAUGAUUACAAAAGCAAAUGUGAUACUCUUGAAGGAAGACUUGAUGAUCUGAAACUUGAAGUAAUAGAUAGAGAUGAAGAAGUUAGUCAUUUAAAUGCUAAAAAUAGUUUAUUAUUUUCCUCACUUUCAGAGAAGGAAAAAGAACUAUCAAUUUUGCAAGACGAAAAUUGUGAAUGGAAAAGCAUAAAAGACAUUAUGGACGAAACUUUGAAGAAGGAAAAACAAUCUAUGCAGGAGUCAUUAUUUAAACUUAACAAUAAUAAUUCGAAACUAAUGGAAGAGUUAAAACAAAAUCAACAAACUAUUGAAAUACUGGAAGAGAAAUUGAAAACUUCAAAUAGUAGUAUUGCUUCUUUGGAAGCAGAUAAAGAAUUAACGCAAGAACUAGACAAACAGAGGGCAGCAGUAUUACAAAAUCAAAAAGAAAUUGAAUGCAAAGAGAUCACGAUAUCCGAGCUGAAAUCCAGAGUUAGUGCGAUUGAAAAUGUAACGAAAGAAAUGGAAGUAAUUAAAAAAGAUAAUGAACAAAUUAUUGAAAGGCUUAGGAGAAAAGAGCAGGAAUGUGCGUUAAUACAAAUCGAAAACGAUGAGUGGAAAAUAAAAAAAGACGCAUUGGAAGUUGAAUUCGAAAAUGAAAAGAAGUUCUUGCAGCAAGCGCUAAAAAUGCAAAUUGAGAACAAUCAGAAACUAGAAACUGAUGCUCAGGUACAAGUACAAAAGGCAUUAGAGCUUCGAGAGAAAUUACAAGCUCAUGACAUAAUGAUUGGUAAAUUACAAAGUGAAAAAGUAACCCAAGAGAAACAACUUAAGGAUUUGGAAAACAAAAUAGCUUUGUAUGAAGCACAAAAGGACUCUCUUACCAAAGAGAAUAGUACAUUGACUAACGAGCAAAAUGACACUAUGACAAAAUUUAAAAAAUUGCAAAAUGAACUUGACUUUAUUAAAAAUGAAAAAGUUAUUCAACUGACGGAGGAGAAUACUCGUUUGAGUAAUACUUUAGAACAAAAUAAAUCUAUGAUACCCACUCUGGAGAAGCUAAUCAAGAAGGAACUGGAACAGAAUGAACUUUUGCGUAAAGAAAAUAGCGCAGAGAAAUCGGAGCUUAUUCAGAAAUGCAACAUCCUGCAAGAGAAUCAACGAAGUGUGGAACAAGAACUAAAUCAAAGACGUGCCGAAAUAAAAGCGUUACAAGAUGAAAUUCUAAAUAUAAAAUCUGAAGCUGCAAGUCGAGAAGAGGAUCUGAAAGCACAAAAUAUUAAAUUAACAAAUGUAAUACAAGAAAAGGAGGAACUGCUCAGUAAAAUAAAUGACGAGCUAUCUAAAGAAAUCUUACUCAACGGUCAAUAUCAAAAAGAGGCGGAAUCGAGGGAAAAACAUAUUCGCGGAUUACAAAAUAUAUUGAAAGAGGAUAAGCAUGCAAUGGUUGAGGUUUUAAUGAACGAAAAUAAAAAAUUAAUUGCACAAAUUGAAUCAAAUGCUGUUUUGAACAAGGAGAAGUGUUCCGGCGAGUGCGAUGGUCGAGCCGAAAAAAUUCAAGACGAUCUUCACCCACAGGUAGAUUGCAUAUCUUCCACAAACGUUUCUUAUCCAACCAUGGAUUGUAAUAAAACAAUUAGAGACCUAGAAAAAAUCCUGAACGACAAAAACAGAACGAUAACUUUCCUUCAAGUCGAAAUAACAUUUUUGAAGUCUCUGAUGGCGGAAUCCGAGAACAAAGUCUUGGAUUUAACCAAAAACUUGGAAGUGAGUCAAGAGAAUUGUCAGCAGUUGUCAAUCGAUCUCAAGAAAAUCCUUCAACAAAAGAACGAGGAAAUCGCCGACCUCAAAAGCAAGAUUUCCAAGAUGACCGCAAUGGAAAACCGCGCCAGUCAAAUAAUCAAGGUGUCCGCCAAAUACCAGGAGAUAAUACACAAACGGAUGGCCGAGAUAAAAUCGAACACGGUCCUGAAGGAGCUGACCAACUUCGGCAACGUGGCGAACUGCGACGGCGAUCUGAAGCGCGGCCUCAACUCGGGCGCUGUCACGAUGGAGGACCUCGAGAGCUUCCUGGAGACCACCGAGAGGCACAUCAGGCGGUGCUCAGAAAAGCGGGCCGCCUUGCAGAAGGAGCGGGACCGGCUGCUCGAGGUGAACAGGAUAAACGAAUCGGAGAUUAUAAGCGUGAGGAAGUUCCUCGCCGAGCUAUCGGUGAGCGUGAGGACGUUCAGCUCGGUGAAGGAGGUGUACGCCCAGCAGCUGAGCAGGGUCGUGUCGCUGCAGCGGACGGUGAGGCGGGAGAUCCUCGAGGCGGAGGAGCGUUUGACGGAGGCGGCGGCCUGCGGCCUGGAGAGGGGGUACGCGGCCGCCAUGCAGGACCUGGCCGAGUGCGCGAUGAACCUGCAGCGCUGGGCGGACAGGUGCCACGGCCGCGCCCUCUCGGCGGAGAGGAUCAAGCAGGCGUUCAGCGGCGGGCAGGAGCUCGAGCGCGGCUCGCUCGCCGCCGCAUCCUUCCAGAACGCCGGCCUGGAGGCGCAGAUGGAGCAGCUGGCCGGCUCCUUCCAGAAGCUGCUGGAGGAGGCGGCGCGCGCGCGGAGCGGCAACGGCGCCAGGGACGCGCUCGCAAUGACCGUGCGCGAGGUGCGCGCCGAGUACGAGGAGAAACUCGCCCGGAUGAAGACUAAAAUGAAAGAGCUGUACCAAAAAGAGGUGCAGAGUUUCAAAGAGGCACAGAGAGAUGAGAUUAAAGUACUCCACCAGGAGUUGCAGUCGACCAAGGAGACGUUAAAACAGGCACGUAAAUACUACGAGGACGAAAUACGGUCCUUGAACCUCGAACUGUGGACGUUGGGUGAGAAAUUCCUGGGCAAGAACGACGAAGCGGAAUGGCUGAGACGGAAGCAACGCUCCGAAUCCCUUAUGUCAUUGCAACAUGUUCCUACGGCUGCAUUUGCUACUCAAACCGAAGAGCCUUGUAAGGGAACAGACAGUCAUUCCCUUCGGUCUCUACCCGUAAAUAUGAAUAAAAAAAGAGAGGGUCGCGGUUUGCACAUGUCGGACGAGGAGGGCGAGGUGUUCGACAACCGGUGCCUGCGCGAGCUGAACACGCCGCGCGCGCCCCGCCUCUCGGAGCUGCGCUGGCGGAACUCGCUCUGCCCCCCCCACCUCAAGAGCUCCUACCCCGCCGAGACGCAGUUCGCGCCCGCCCUGCGCGAGGAGGACAUUAAGGCUGGCCCCACAGACGCCUCCGUUGGUGAACGCCAACAGAGGAAGGAGGUUGGAAUCACCGCGUACAAGAAGCCCGGUCCGCCCACGCCGAGCAAGCAGGCGGGCAGGCUGUCAGCUACGGAUUCCGAGUUGCGAGAGUCUCUACGCGUGGAGGCAGAGCCUCAGCCGCGGAAGACUGCAACACCGUCGAGGCUGCGCCUAUUAUUUACCUCGGCCAGGAAUGAUACAGUAGAAGGAACGCCGCGCAGUAGAAGAUUGAGCAACUUCUUUAGAAAAAAA